AUGGUUUUGAGAGAAUUGCACUCCGACGCUCUUGACAGUCUGUGUUCUCGUGAACAACUUCAUCUCUUGAACGCUAUCGAUACGCUUCGAUCCCAGGGGAUUAGUCAUUAUGUGUCUCUACCGCAGAUCAUUGUGUGCGGUGACCAGUCCUCUGGAAAGAGCUCUGUGCUGGAAGCCAUCUCUGGAGUUUCCUUUCCGGUCAAGAGCAAUCUCUGUACCCGUUUUCCAACAGAACUUGUACUCCGGAAAGACACUAAUGUCGGAGUAAGGGUGUCUAUUGUACCGCAUCACUCGCGCAGUGAAGUAGAACAGCAGUCGCUGGGGAACUUCUGCGAAGAGCUUGAUGGGUUUGACGGACUGCCCCCGCUGGUUGAUAAUGCCAAAGCGGCAAUGGGCAUAUCCACACAUGGGAAAGCAUUCUCAAACGAUCUUCUACGAGUUGAGAUAUCCGGGCCGGACCGACCGCAUUUGACCAUCGUUGACCUGCCAGGACUUAUACACUCCGAAACAAAACAUCAAUCUGCCGCAGAUGUUCAGUUGGUCCAGGAGGUGGUCCAGUCAUAUAUGAGGGAGCCGCGGAGUAUCAUCCUGGCGGUGGUCUCAGCGAAAAAUGACUAUGCGAAUCAAAUAGUUUUACGAUUGGCGAGGGAUGCUGAUCCGUCGGGCAAUCGAACCUUAGGCGUUAUUACCAAGCCCGAUACACUGGUCGCAAAUUCUGAAAGCGAGAGAAUGUUCAUAUCAUUAGCGAAAAAUCGGGACGUUGAAUUUCGGCUUGGAUGGCAUGCGCUCAAGAAUAUGGAUACUGACCAGGGCUCUUGUACCCUUUCGGAUCGUGACAAGGAAGAACGAGACUUUUUCUCCCAGGGGGCCUGGGGAGAGAUGCCAGCUCCGUUGGUAGGGGUUGGCUCGCUACGUAACCGUCUCAGCGGAUUGCUCCUGCGACAAAUUGCGGCUGAGCUUCCAAGUCUUAUCAAGGAAAUAGAAGAAAAGGAGGAAGAUUGCAUACAGCAAUUGAAAAAGCUUGGCGAGCCCCGAGCUACUCUGGAUGAGCAAAGGACGUAUCUUCUGAGCAUCAGUCAACACUUUCAAAUUCUGGUCAAGGCUGCUGUGGAUGGAACAUAUAAUGAGGCAUUUUUUGAAGAUAUUCAGUCUUCUACGGGGCGGCAGAAGCGGGUUCGUGCUGUGGUCCAGAAUCUGACCGAGGCCUUUGCCGAGCGUCUCAAUAGCCGAGGCCACUACCGCAGAAUUAUCGAAAACACUGAUCAAAUCGAUGGUCGAGGAGGACAAAUCACGGUGACUCGCAGCGAAUUCACUGAAUAUAUUCAGGUCCUUAUGAAACGGACACGAGGACGGGAGCUACCUGGCACGUUCAAUCCUAUGAUUGUGGGCGAACUAUUCCUGGAACAAUGUCGGCCCUGGACAGCUAUAACACACCAACAUAUUCUCUCGAUUUGGAUAGAAGUCGAAAGGUUUAUGUCGCUUGUGAUAGGCUACAUAGCUGAUGAAGCAACCGCCGCCGCUCUCUUCGACCAGGUCAUUUCGCCUGCACUACGUCAACUCAAGGAGGUUCUAACAACGAAAUGCGAGGAACUACUUGCAAGUCACCAGAAAAGUCACCCAAUCACCUACAAUCACUACUAUAUGGAGAACCUACAGAAUGGCCGCGCUGGUAGGCGCGCAGCAGACUUGAAGGGAAUCAUUCAGCGUUUCUUUGGGGUGGACGACCUACAAAAGCCGCUAUACCUCUCUAAGACAUACUGUUUACAGGAUCUUCAUGCGUCACUUCUGGAGUGUACUGAACCAGAUAUGACGCGUUUUGCGUCGGAUGAAGCUUUGGAUUGCAUGCUUGCCUAUUAUAAGGUGGCACUAAAGCGAUUCAUCGACGACGUGGCGGUUGAGGUUGUCGAGGUUAGACUGGUCCAGUCUCUUGCUUCUCUCUUUACGCCUAUCAAAGUUUUCGGAAUGCCGCCGGAGCUGGUAUCUCGUAUCGCUGGCGAGUCUGAAGAAAAUCAUGCAGUACGGGAACAAUUGAGCAAGAAACUACAGAUUCUCGGGAAUGGUUUAAGCACUUGCCGACAAUUUGUUGGAAGUCGAGGUGUUGGCACGAAUUUGACAAAAGAGUAUUGUGACAACUCUGACGAGAUAGAUGCCGAGCUAAAAACUGAUAUGGGUGAAUCUAUUAGUGAACAGUCGAUGAUAUUCGCUUCCCAGUCAACCUCGGAGAUAUGGAGUCUUGAAUCCGGUCAGUCUGCGGAGAAGCCCUCAUGCUUGGAUCCUGAUAACGCCGAGCCUGAAAUUGCAUGUCCGGAAGAGCAGUAUUACGCUGACCCGAAACUGCCCUGUAGAAAGGGAAAAAAGAAAAAGAGAUCCAAGAAUGUGCAGUGA